CCUCCUCCCCCCUCUUACUCCUCGUUGGUGCCCUCAUCCUUGUCUUGUUCCUUCUUGCCCAAGCGACGCAAUUUCGAUCACCCGACAUCGUCCAACCUGAUUCACGUUGCGCGCUCAGCCGUGAUGUCGAAUUCGUCGUGGUUUCAGGUCGAUUAUCCUCUGGAGGUCGGACAUGGUGAGGUACGGGCGCCCAACAUUAUUCGGAGGGUUGUUACGGUCUCCAUGUGUGUCGCAGCAGCGUUUUGGUGGGCAGUCAAGUCUAACAUCCUGGUAUCAAUGAGUUCAUUUGCGAAAGCAAUUCGGGAGCUUGUAUUACCGCCUGAUCUUUUAACUCCGUUGGAUAAGCGAGCUCAGCGAGAUUUGGACGAAGUACGGGGUGCCCGCUUUCAUACCGCUGUCCACGUGAUACUCCCUCCGCUGGUAGUCGUCAACAUAUGUCAUGCUAUUGUCCAGAUGAGCACAGGGAGACCCCUCUACGAAUGUAUGGGUAAGUUAUGGUUAGUCUUAAUUCGAGAGUUCCUUGCGCGCUAUUGUUCACACUUCUCGCCCCGUGUCAUUGCGAGUGUGUACAAGGCGUCAAUGUCUGUGUUUGUGGUGCAGAUGUUGCUGGUGGAGGGCCCCAGCGGUAUCCCCGGAAGAGUUAUGGCUGGAAUUGUGCUGCUGGAUUGCAGCGUAUCCCUGAAACAUAACGUGCUUUUCUCGGCAAUCUACUGUUUCGUGACCUGGAAACGCCAAGCGCAGGGUGGACUGCCCGUGGCAGAGAGUCUCGGGCACGUCAUGCAGGAGAUACACACUUGCGUCUUCGUUUGUUCCAUCUUGCUGCUUGUAGAGGCCGGUGAUCGGGGCCGGAUCAGAGCGUCGGUGUUGUCCAGACAGUCGGGCACGGCUCAACAGGCAGUGCAAAGGAUGCUGUCUGCGUUCUGCGAUGCCCAAUUGCACAUCGGUCCAGAGAUGCAGAUCUUCACCCACUCCCGCCCGCUGGUGCACUUCCUGGGCUCCGGGGCAGGGGACGUGGACACGCAGGACGCAUUUCGAGGCGACUGCUUCCUCCGACACGUGACGGCUUCCGACCAGCAGCGUUUCCAGGAAUUCCUCGCGGCGACGUCGGCUCUCCAGUCGGAGGGCGGCGACGCGCACGCGCGCGCCGCGGGGGCUCCGGCCUCCAUCCAGGUGUCGCUGCAGAGCCGCGGCGGCGGCAGCGUCCCCGUGGAGCUGUUCGUGGUCGCGCUCCCGGACCUGGACGACACGCUCGGGUUCCUGAUGGCAUCCGAGAGACCGGGGUGCUUCCGUGGGAGGCGCGCCUGGAUGCGCCGGGGGCCGUCGCGCUGGGGCCACGGGCCGGGGCGGCCGUCCCUGCCGAGGCUGCUGGUCCGCCGCCCUCGGCCGUCGCGCCCAGGGUCCCCGCGUUCUGCGGCCCGGCGAACGAUCGCCCCGCGGCACCGAGCUCGCUGCGCACGCCCUGCUGGGGAGGGUCGCCGGCGCACGCUCGUCGCGCACGUCCUGCUCCUCGUCCUCCUCGGGCUCGUCCGUGUCCCAGUCCUCGUGCUCCUCUGGGCGCCGCGCCGCGGCAACGGCCGGGGUUCGCGGCGUGUCCCUGCGGCUCGACUCCAGUAGCCCGGGGAUGCGCGUCCGCUUUUUGGUUCCUCUGACAUCUGCUUCCACCUUGGCGGUACCCGGGGGCCCUGCCUGCGAGAGUGGGUGACGCCAGAGCAGUUCCGGGACUUCGAGAGGCGCUGCCAGAGCGUGAUCCACGCAAGGGAGUACCACCGCGAGGUCGAUGAGGCCGACUGCGACAUCGGCGCCCUCGUGCUACGCUGCAGCGGGGACACGUUUCUGUCGGCUGCGAGCGCGGUGCUGGCGGCGGCCAACCCUGAGCCAGGAUCCGAUGAUGAGGACGACGACUUGGAUGUGCUGAUCAGGAUGCCACCACCCACCAAACCACCCCAACCCAACCCGAAGGCUCAGAUUUACCCUCGAUUUCUAGUGGGGGGGGGGGGGGUCGGGAAACAUCGAAAAAAA